UGACAGAAGGAGUCAUCAAUUUAGAAAGAAGCCUUGUGUUCCUGCAGGAUGUCUAUGAAGUGGAUUCCUGUUCUGCUGCUGCUACAGCUGAGUUUUCAGUUCAGCCCUGGGCAUUGUGGAAAGGUGCUCGUGUGGCCCACAGAAUACAGCCAUUGGAUCAAUAUGAAGAUAAUCCUGGAAGAACUGGUCCAGAGAGGUCAUGAAGUGAUUGUCCUGACAUCUACAGCUUCAAUUCUUGUUGAUCCCAAUAAACCAUCUGCUUUUAAAUUUGAGAUUUAUCCCACAUCCUCAACAAAAGAUGACUUUGAGAAUCUUUUCAUGAACCUGAUCUUCAAAAUGUCACAUCUGCCUAAAGAUACAUUUUGGACUUACUUUUCACUAAUGCAAGAAAUCUUUUUGGAAUAUACUGAGUUUAUACUAAAGCUCUGUAAAGAUGCAGUUUUGAACAGGAAACUUAUGACAAAACUACAAGAAUCAAGGUUUGAUGUCCUUCUUGCAGAUGCUCUGGGGCCCUGCGGUGAGCUGCUGGCUGAGCUACUUCAAGUACCUCUUGUGUACAGUCUCCGUGUCUCUCCUGGUUAUGUAGUUGAAAAGCGGAGCGGAGGACUUCCAUUCCCUCCAUCUUAUGUACCUGUUAUGUUUUCAGAAUUAAGUGAUCAAAUGACAUUCAUGGAAAGGUUAAAAAAUAUGGUGCAUGGGCUUUAUUUUGACUUCUGGUUUCAAAUGUUUUCUGAGAACUGGGAUCAGUUUUAUAGUGAAGUACUAGGAAGACCCACUACAGUAUUUGAGUUAAUGGGGAAAGCUGAAAUAUGGCUCAUUCGAAACUAUUGGGAUUUUGAAUUUCCUCGCCCAUUCUUGCCACAUUUUGUAUUUAUUGGAGGACACCACUGCAAGCCUGCGAAACCUUUGCCUAAGGAAAUGGAACAGUUUGCCCAGAGCUCUGGAGAAGACGGUAUUGUGGCGUUUACGCUGGGGUCAAUGGUCACUAACCUGACAGAAGAAACCGCCAAUACGAUUGCAUCGGCCCUUGCCCAGAUUCCUCAAAAGGUUAUAUGGAGAUAUGAAGGCAAAAAACCAGAUACGUUAGGGCCAAACACUCGCCUUUAUAAGUGGAUCCCCCAGAAUGACCUCCUUGGUCAUCCAAAAACCAAAGCCUUUAUAACUCACGGUGGAGCCAACGGCGUCUAUGAGGCCAUCUGCCACGGGAUCCCUAUGGUGGGCAUCCCUUUGUUUGCGGAUCAACCUGAUAACAUCGUUCGCAUGAAGACCAAGGGAGCAGCUGUCCGACUGGACAUCGACACAAUGUCUAGUGCAGACUUGCUCAAUGCACUGAGGACAGUCAUUAAUGACCCUUCCUACAAGGAGAAUGCUAUGAAAUUAUCCAGAAUUCACCACGAGCAGCCAGUGAAGCCUCUGGAUCGAGCAGUCUUCUGGAUCGAGUUUGUCAUGCGCCACAAAGGAGCCAAACACCUGCGGCCGGCCUCCUAUGACCUCAACUGGUUCCAGUACCACUCUUUGGAUGUGAUUGGGUUCCUGCUGGCCUGUGUGGCAACUGCUGUUCUUGUCGUCAUAAAAUGUUGUCUGUUUUGUUGCCGCAAGUUUGCCAAAACAGGAAAGAAGGGGAAAAGGGACUAGCUGUUUCUGAGGCCGGAAGCUGAUGCGCCGUAUACAUGGGGUCCCUCCAGCUGAUUCCAGCAAGAAGCAGUUGCUCUUCCUGUAGCAGAAUGAAUUUUCACAAUUUAGCUUCUCAUUUCUGAAUUUGUUUUCAAGUGAUUCCUACCUGUUUAAGAUUUAUGAAAAUAUCGUGUCAAAGAUAAAAACUGGUCAAUGUAAAACAAGUAAUCCAUGUUCCUAUCCAUUUAAACUUUUAUUGGACGUCCUAGUUAUACCAGAAAAAUAAGCUAAACUGUGUUUCAAACAUUACACAUGGACAUAAGAACACUAGGUGGUAUAUUCACAGAUUGAUCUUAUUUUGCAAAUACACAGAAUAUUUUAACAGCACAUUGGUGCAAAACUCUUACUUGUAUCUUUUGCUGAAGAAACUAUUCAAUACUUAGAACUGUGUAAAAUGAUUAAACCUUCCAUUUGAGUUUGGGAGACCUGUUAUGCUCCUUGGUUUUGCUAUACAUACCCAGAGUCAGCAACACUACUGCCAUAAACACGCGGUAGGUCA